AAUAGAACAAUCUCAUUCCAUUAUUUCUUCAAACAUUUCAUAAACUUAUUUUGGUAUUAUUUCUUGCUUCUUGUGUUGUUUGGAGACUGUAUUUGUAUUGUCAUGUAUGUUUUGACUUGUAUUUUAAAUAUUCCAAGGACAAUAUUGCAAGAGUGUGCUGCAAAAGGAAACACUUGUAUCAGGGCAGAGUAGGAAGCCAGAGUGAAAUCACUCUCUUGGAAUUAACUCAUGUUUUUGCUGCAUAUGGGUUGUCCUUGCAGCUCAGUUAAGUUCCUUGGGUUUUGUUGCCUUGAGCAUAUGUGUAGGGCUUCUAUCACUGGAAAGGUUGCAUGAAUGUUCUUAUUCAACAUUUUUGUAGCUUACUUGUGGCUUAUGUGUCUGUCUUUGCAUACAGCUUUUCUUUGUUGGACUGGCAACUGCUCUCCUUUACUUUGACUAAGUUUUUGUAAGUGCUAUUUUCUGAUGCUCUUUCCUGUUCCCUGCUUAUGCCAGAAGGUCAAAAAGUGCUAGAUUAUCUUCCAAUAAAGUAUUUCUGUAAUAGUAGUGAUUAUGAUGAUGUGAAUUAGAAGGAUCAUUGAAACUGGCAGUGCUCGAGUUGCAAUACUAACAAACAAUUGAAAUGGACAGUUUAAAAAAACCCUCUUAUUUGAAUUUGUUUCUGUUUUGCCAUCUAUUCAGAGCUGGUUUGCAUUUUUUUUUUAAGGAAACUUUUCCUGUAGGAAGUGGAUGAUAUGUUAGUACUCUUUAAAUACAUGUUCUUGGAUGAAGUCCAGUAAAGGUGAACAGCGAGUGAUAAGAUCUGUGUAAAAGAGGUUUCCUGAGUUUUGGGUGGCAUGAACUCAGCCCUGUUGGAAGAGGAACCCAUUCUACUAAAUAACUUUUUUUUGAUAGUGAAAGGAAGGCUAGACAGGGAGUCACAUACACAGAGGACUUAAUGAGAAAUGAAAAUUGCAGGGCUUUUUAUCUGUCAGGAUGAAAAAUAUUUCACCUGGUACAAGAGAGAACAACUUGUAUGCUGCAGUGCAUGAGUCAAAGAUAAAUCUUGCUCAGGCUCGUAAAAUAGCAGUUAGCUGGUAUGAUGCUGACUGUGGCUUGUCCUUGUCUUGCAAAAGCACAGUGGUGUGUGCCUCGGUUCAUAUCUGAUGAAAAACGACAGCAUAUUGUAAGGUGAUAAACUCUGUUCUGCUGGUUUCACAAUCAGGGAUCAGUCUCGGAGCAGGCACUGUAAUUUAUAGCUUUAGGCUGCCUUUUCUACUGUAUCCUGGUAAUUAACCUUGUGGAGGAGUAAAGGCCAAAGGUUUCACUUUACUCGAUGUUCCCUGUGAAAUGGGCAUAAUUAAACUAAUUAUUUUUGACAAAUAAAGGUCAUGGUUUCUCAUCCACUUUUUGUCCUCAAAUUAUUUGAACCUUGGCAUAGCUGGAGCCUGAACAGCAGCCACUAAAUAAAUUCCAGCAAUGGGUGUGAGUGCAGUUACUGAGCUUAUUUCUGUUGUACCUUGAAACAGAAGUUUUCUGGCAGCCUUACAAUUUUAUUCUAUACUUCUACCAUCAUUACAUGUAAUUUGUAUCUCUGUUAAAAAUUUCUCCAGUUGUAGUCCUUUUUCUACUGUGCUGUGUCUUAGAGAAGCAUAUUUUCAAGAUUGCCAUUGAAAGUAUAUUACAGAUUUAAUCUCUUAUGAACAGGUCUGUUUCCUCUUACUUUUGCCAAGCAGCAGGAAAAUGCUGAAGAGCCUGAGCACUUCGUGGCUUGCAGUGAUAGCCAUCAAUGUUCACUGUGGGAGUAAAACCUCAGGUCUUUAUUUAGAGUCCUGAGGUCGACCUCCAGGACUGAACACUGGAAAUGGGGAGAGGACCUUAACAGUAUUUGUUCUGUAUUUCCUUCAGGGCACUCCUUCUUUCCAUGUGUGGUUUGGUUGUUUGGAUUUUUUUUUUCCUCCUCAUAUGCACUACUUUUUUUAUGACUGAGCAAACACAGACCUUGCUGUUCCUGCAUCCUCCCACGCAAUAUUUGUAUAGCAGGGUGGAUUUCUGUAUCUCCUGUUUCCUGGCCUGUGUCACCACUUUGUUGUCAGCAGCCAAGUGCUGCUUGUCACUAACAGUUUUAGUAAGAUGUUGUGGAUUUAGCAGCAGAAAGUUUGGAAGAUGGGAUUAGAAGAUGAAGUGGAGACAAUGUUGUGGGAGUGGUUGGGAAACUUACCUUUCUAUGUUAAUAUUUCUUAAGCUAGAGUGUUGGCCAACAGAGACUCGGUGAACUACGGAAAAGGUGGUCAUCAGGGAGGUUUUUGAACACGAGAAGUCAGUGUGUUUGUGGAUCUAGUUUGUCUGGAAUCAAACCAGUCUGGGAAAAUUUCCCCUUGGAAAGGUCCUGGAUAAAUACAGUGUUUGAAAGAAGCAAGUGGAACAUUUUUAUAUAGAGAGUAACAUUUUUUUUCAGAUUGCUAAUGAAAUUAGCUGUUACUUCUCAACCUCAGCUUUAAUUGCCAAAAGGCUCUUUUAAUCUUUUUUUUUUUUCAAUUUAAAAUGAACAUUCUACAUAGGAUUAAAAGCAAGUAAACAACCCUUCUAAGAAAAACAAGGCCUAUCCCAACCUACCACAAAACAAACAAACCUUUUGCCUUAAAUCUGUACCUAAAGCUUUAUUCAAAAGGCAUCUUAAAAUUUUUUUUAAUAUCCUGUCAUUGUAUUUGCAUGUGAAGCUAAAAAAAUAACUAAGAAAAUAAUUAUGGUUGUACCCAAAGAAAUAAAAUUAAUUUCAGUGCUAUAAUAAUUUGUAUCUAAAAAUGUACACACAUUGACAUUAUGCAUGCUAAGAAUCUAGAUUGUGUGUGGGUUCCUUGUUUGUUUUUUGAGUGACUUGGUAAUAAUUGUUCUUUUUUAUUUUUUAUGCUUUAUUAUGUCAAGACUGUUACUGAGUUAGAGAGGAUCUGAAGUGCCAGGCUGCCUUCUCUUGUUUUUUUUUUUUUAAUCUUUUUUUCUUCUGACCUCUCUCCAGUCCUGUGCACCUGUACCUCCUGAGAAGCUGUAUUUGCUUAUUGAGUCUGUUAGACACUUUACAUACGGGAAUAGAUCUUUGCAAUGAGUUACCCGGGCUAUCCCCCAGCUGGUGGAUAUCCACCAGCAGCCCCAGGUGGCAGUCCUUGGGGUGGUGCUGCCUAUCCACCUUCAAAUCCACCUCCAAUUGGUCUGGAAAAUGUGUCUGGCUAUGCCAACCAGUUCAAUCCCAACCAGAUGGCUGGAAUGGCGUCCAGCCUGGCAGGGACCUUUGGAGGAAACGCACCACAAGGCAUGUAUCCUUCAACACCCGGGGGUUAUCCACCAGUCCCUCCAGGUGGCUUUGGGCAGCCUCCACCAGGACAGCAGCCCUCCUACGGGGGGUAUCCCCCAUCAGGAAUGCCAGCUUACCCAGGAUACCCAGGCCAGCCCACGCCACCCCCUGGUCAGCAGCCUGGGAGCUACCCAGGACAGCCACCGGCAGCUUACCCAGGGCAGCAGCCCAUGCCAAAUUAUCCACCAGGUCCAGCUGUGAAUCCAUCUGUGCCCUCUUACUCAGGAACUACAGGGCCUGCAGUCUCUCCUGUAACACAUGGAAACCGAGGCACAAUCACUGAUGCACCGGGUUUUGACCCUCUGAAGGAUGCAGAAGUCUUAAGGAAGGCCAUGAAGGGAUUAGGAACCGACGAGCAAGCCAUUAUCGACUGUCUUGGAAGUCGUUCGAACAAGCAACGGCAGCAGAUAAUGCUGUCCUUCAAAACAGCUUAUGGAAAGGAUUUGAUCAAGGAUCUCAAGUCUGAGCUAUCAGGUAACUUUGAGAGGACAAUCUUGGCAAUGAUGAAGACACCUGUGAUGUUUGAUGCUUAUGAAAUCAAGGAAGCUAUAAAGGGUGUUGGCACAGAUGAAAAUUGUCUCAUUGAAAUCUUAGCUUCUCGCAGUAAUGAGCAUAUUCAGGAACUCAACAGGGUCUAUAAAGCAGAAUUUAAGAAAACCCUGGAGGAAGCAAUAAAAAGUGACACAUCUGGACACUUCCAGAGGCUUUUAGUUUCACUUGCUCAGGGAAACAGAGAUGAAAGUACAACUGUUGACAUGUCUCUUGUCCAGAGAGAUGUGCAGGAGCUGUAUGCAGCUGGAGAGAACCGUCUAGGAACUGAUGAAUCCAAGUUCAAUGCCAUUCUGUGUGCAAGAAGCAGGGCCCACCUCAGAGCAGUCUUCAAUGAGUACCAGAGGAUGUGCAACCGGGACAUUGAGAAAAGCAUAUGUCGGGAAAUGUCUGGAGACCUGGAAAAGGGCAUGCUGGCUGUAGUUAAGUGUCUCAAGAACACACCAGCUUUUUUUGCAGAGAGAUUACAGAAAGCUAUGAAGGGAGCAGGAACAAAAGACAGGACUCUGAUCCGAAUCAUGGUGUCGCGCAGCGAGGUUGACCUGCUGGACAUACGUGCAGAAUACAAGCGGAUGUACGGCAGAUCCCUCUACACGGAUAUCACUGGUGAUACUUCAGGAGACUACCGGAAAAUCCUACUCAAGUUGUGUGGUGGAAAUGACUAAAUGGAGCAUUGAGCUUUUCUUUUAAAAGCUACUAUUUUCAUGGUUUUGCUGUAAAGCAUCUUUGAUUCUCCAAAAGUAAAUAUGUAAUGACUUGUUUCUUCUAAAGCAAUUGCAUUUUAAAAGAUAAUAUUGCAUAUAUCUUCAGUUCAAAAAUAGUAGGUAAUAAAUGCCAAAAACGCCCAAAAUACCAAGCUUAUGUGCCAUCUGCUCAGGAUUCUGUAUAGCACUCUCAACAAUCCAUGAAUGGCAGGUCAUUAUUUCUUUCCUGCUUAUAUCAUGCUGAAAUAAUGUUUGUUUUAUAAAACAAAAAUCACAGUUGUAUGAUUUAAGGUGUUGUUUUGUAUAAACAUUGCAUGCCAUUUGAAUGCAAGUUUUAUAUAUAUGGUAUGCAGAGUUGGUUUCAGGCUGUCUGACUCCCUGAUAUGUGGAGAUAGCAGCUUGAGUUUCUGUGUCUAAUUAAGACACAAAAGAAGUUUUAAAGAAGUUUUGUCAAGUUCUGUUUUCUUUCCUUGAUUCUUUUCAAGGAAGAUGUGUUCCACAUUUCAUUCUUGCGAAGGCAGCCUGUCACGAGGCAGUAGUAGUGUUUACAGCAGUAAGGAUUCUAUGGUUAAUGUUUAAAGGUUUUGCAUUGUGCCUUAAAUAUAUGUAUGUAAGAAGAGAUUAUGAAAUUAAAGCUGUCUAAAUCUUUGCAGAUUA